AGGGAUGAACGCAACACGCUAGGAGGUCUUACUCCAAGAACUAAUCGGUUAAUUGUGUGAAUUAACUUUUGGUCGAUAGUUCUCUGAAAAGAAACGAAUCAAAAUGUCGAAGUUUGUCUUACAAAAAGUUUUGACUUGAGCUCGCCGGGUUUGGCGCGUGGAACCGUGACGUCGACGAACGUCAGCUUUCUCGUGGAAGGUAGCAAGUAGUUGAGCAACUCGAAGCAGACAGGAAGUGAUUCCUUCUCGGCGUCAAGGCUUGACAAGUGCACGGAUUCUUUUUUUCUUUUCUUUAUAUGCACAAACGCUGACCUGGGUGAAAUUGACCGGGAUUUAAACAGCACCAACCACCCAACCGGGUCCACCAGGAUGUGUUACCCUUGAGCCUGACUGCGGAGGCCAUGUCGGACGACGUGUAAUCAAGCCCGGCGGACAGCAGGAGGCGCCAUGGCGGAGCUACCCAUCGCUCCAGGCCAGGUCUACAUCGAGGUGGAGUACGACUACGAGUACAAGUCCAAAGACCGACUGGUCAGCAUCCACCAGGGAGAAUGCUUCAUGCUGGUCCAGAAGACCAAUGAAGACUGGUGGAAGGUGCGCAAGGAGGAGGGCAGCAAGGCCUUUUACGUGCCAGCCCAGUACGUCAGAGAGGUCCGCAAAGCCCUCAUGCCACCCCCUAAGCCUUUACCUCAUCACCCCGUUUCCGCCGGGAACGCCCCUCCUCAUCACCCCGUUUCAGCCGGGAACACCCCGCCUCAGAACACUGGUGCUGUCUGGGUAAAACCAGCUAAUCUGGAUCUGGCACUGCUGGACUCCUCUGCAGACAGACCCGAGUCCAUCCCCGCACGUUCCCCCUCCGCUCAUUCCACCUCAUCCAUGCAUUUGACGCCGCCCAUCCAGCGGCGGGACAGUAACCAGCACCAGCAUGUCCCCGGCACCCCCACGAGGCUUGAGCGAUCUUUAGGUGAAAUCCUGGCCCAGAGCUCCGUACCGGUGCAACGAAGCAGCACGUUGCCGCGCACCCGGGCCCGAUCCCCAGAGUUGAGCCGGGCCCCGCUGGACGUGGACAGCCCCCCGCACUCGGCGGGUGAGGAACAGCGGACCAACGACUCUGAGUCCGGGGACGAACUGAGCAGCAGUUCUACCGAACAACUCCAGAGCGUGUCGUCGGGCCGCGGCCGGUCGGACUCGCCCGUGUACAGCAACCUGCAGGAGCUGAAGAUGAGCCAGUCGGCGGCCCCCCCGCUCCCAGCCGGCGCCCCCCAGCAGGUGCUGGGCGACUGGGAGUCCUACAAGGACCCGCACGGCCGCCUCUUCUACUACAACCGCUGCAGCCACGAGAGGACCUGGAAGCCGCCCCGAGCCCGGGAUGCCAACACGAGCGCGGGGGAAAGCAAUGAGAGCACUCCCCUGUCGCUCUCGCCAGCUUUCUUGCCCUUCAUGUCGUUGUCGGCGGGCCGCCCGGGGCCCCUGUGCUCGGAGGACGCGCACUUCGGCGCCUACUCCAGCUUGUCGGACGGCUCGCCGCCUCACGGGUGGUCCGAAGGGAUGAACGAGUACGGCCACAGGCUUUAUGUCAGCGACUAUACUAACGAGAAGUGGUUAAAGCACGUGGACGAGCAGGGUCGGCCGUAUUACUACAGCGCAGAUGGCUCCAGGUCCGAAUGGGAGCUCCCAAAGUACAACCAUUCCCCGCCACAGCACUUGGCAGAGCCCGGCAAGACUCGCAGUCUAGACAGGAAACACGUGGACCCCAUCGUCCUGACCAAGUGGAGACACAGCGCUUUCGUCCAAGAACCCAACGACAAGGACUCCCCAGUGAGCCCCAAGUCCCCUGUAUCCGACUGCGGGUCCAGCCCCUCGUCUCCUAAGCGCCCCGCCUCUCCCUCAGAGAAGUGCGGCGUGCUCAAUGUGACAAAGAUCACGGAGAACGGCAAGAAAGUUCGGAAGAACUGGACUUCCUCCUGGACAGUUCUGCAAGGCUCAGCGCUGCUCUUCGCCAAAGGCCAGGGAGGCGGGACGAGCUGGGUGCGUCAAUCAAAGCCUCACUUCCAAUUAGUGGUUACUUUUGUCCUGGGUUUGAUUGUGCGCCAUUUUCAGUUUGGCGGUGGUCAGUCCAAACCCGAGUUCACGGUGGAUCUGAAGGGCGGCUCGGUGGAUUGGGCCUCCAAGGACAAAUCUAGUAAAAAACACGUCAUUGAGCUGAAGACCCGGCAGGGCACGGAACUCCUGAUCCAGUCGGAAAACGACAUUCUCGUCAACGAGUGGUAUCGAGCGCUAAGGGACGCUGCCAGCGCUCCGGCAUGCGAGUCGGACGAAGCCGUAGAAGAGGACAUCCCCGAUUCACCUGGAGCAGACAUGGAGAAAGAACGCAGAGACUCCAAGAAAGGCAGACUCAUGAAACCGUCAAGCAGCGUGGACGCGGCCGACAACAAGAAGACCAAACACAAGCUGAAGAAAUUUCUGACGCGGCGGCCCACCAUGCAGGCCGUCAGAGACAAAGGUUACAUCAAAGAUCAGGUGUUUGGAAGCAGCCUGUCCAGCCUGUGCCUGAGGGAGAGCAGCACGGUGCCCUCUUUUGUCAAGAUGUGCAUCAUGCACGUGGAGAGCGACGGUCUGCACAUCAGCGGCCUAUACAGAGUCAGUGGUAACUUGGCCCUCAUCCAGAAGCUGCGAUAUGCCGUCAAUCAUGAUGAACAGGUGAACCUGUCCGACAGCAAGUGGGAGGACAUCCAUGUGACCACCGGAGCCCUGAAGAUGUUCUUCAGGGAGCUUCCUGAACCGCUCUUCACUUAUGCGCUCUUCCAAAACUUUGUGGACGCCAUCAAGAUUCAAGACUACAAGGAGCGGGUCCACGCCAUUAAAGAACUUGUUCGACUGCUGCCCGAGCCCAACCAUGACACCAUGCAGGCCCUCUUCAAACACCUCCGCAAGGUGAUCGAGCACGGCGAAGAGAACCGCAUGACAAACCAGAGCGUGGCCAUCGUGUUCGGCCCCACGUUACUGAGGCCCGAGGUGGAGACGUGGAACAUGGCCGUCCACAUGGUCUACCAGAAUCAGAUCGUCGAGCUCAUCCUGAUAGAGAAAGACAACAUAUUUGGCAGAUAGAGGCCGACGGCCAUCUGACCGAACCGGAACCACUCUUUGCACUUUGGACUAGCUUUGGCUUACUUUUCGUCACACUGGAUUCUAACUUAACCGACAAAAAUAAACAAACCUGCUAAGAUUUUUUUUUUGUGGAGGAUCCAAGAACUUUUAAUUGAACAAAAGGGGAACGCGACUUAUUUACUGGACCUUUUCAUCUAAUGGCGUUGGUGCCAAAUUAGCCAAUUAAAGACCUAAUUAAAAUAUUGAUUUAUUUAUUAGAAUGUGGCAAUUCUUGCAUUCAAUCGUUAAUCUAAUAUUGUUUUUUCAUGACCACUAUUUUAUGGCAUCCAACAGGAUUUACUCACCGCAUAAAUGAAUGCGUCAAAAUUGAUCUCAUAGGUUGAACGGAAUGCGUAGGUUAGGGUUAGGUUCUGCACAAUGUUCUGCUUUGAUUUGCGCAACUUGCUCCUCUGAGCAAAAUCAAAAUAUUGUUUCUCAAAUUAUUUUGACACUAGGAAGACUGUGCAAAUAAACUUGGGUGGCGAUUGGUCGUUUCCGGACAUUUAAACCGCCUCCUUUACUAAUAAUUUGUUUAUGCUCUAACCUUGACGAGUGACCUCGACUUCCAAAUCUCAGUAGUAGUAGUAGCUUCGCCUCCGCCAACACUGUGAUGAUGACUUUAAAAGUUUGACUUUUAAAAUUAAAGCUUUUAUUGUGUUGGCUGCA